CCCAAACAAAACCAGUCUCUUGACUCUUGCUCUCCUUCUCUCUCAUGGACCGACUCACCGUCACUUUACCCCCCAUCGCUCACCGUCGAUCUUCCACCAUCGUUCACCAUCGAUCUUCCACCGUCGCACACCGCCACCGCCACCGCCACCGCCACCGCCACCGUCACCGUCGUCGCUCGCCUCCUAGCUCCUCGCAUUGCAUCGCUUUGACAUUGAGGUGCAAGAACAACAUGAACAACUUGGUUCUAUCUCUUGGACCUCAGCAAGGGCUUCAAGCUUAAUGAUCGCUCUCUGUUUGCUUUGGCUCAUGGGUGUCCAAAUCUUAUAAAACUUAACAUCAGUGGGUGUACUGCCUUCAGCGAUAUGGGUCUUUCAUAUUUGGCUCUGUUUGCAGAAAAUUGAAGUACUUAAAUCUUUGUGGAUGUGCGAAAGCUGCAUCUGACAAGGCGUUGAAGACUAUUGGACACAACUGUCGUCAGUUGCAGUCCUUGAAUCUGGGAUGGUGUGAGAAUGUUGGUGAUGUGGGGGUAAUGAGUUUAGCAUAUGGAUCCCCCGAUCUUAGAGCCCUUGAUUUGUGUGGAUGUGUUCUGAUAACAGAUUUGUCGGGAAGUUUCUUAAAGGACAGACUGUUGGCGUGAUUGGAGCUAGUCGAAUUGGAUCUGCUUAUGCUAGAAUGAAGAAAAUGACAUCAUCGGAAAGUAAUAGAAAAAAUCCGGCGUGGCAAUAUGUCCAUUUGGUAGAGGAGAAUAAUUUAAACAAGUUCGAGUGUAAUUUUUGUGGUAAAGUAUCAAAUGGAGGUGUUUAUCGGGUGAAACAACACCUUGCGGGAGGUUAUAGGAAUGUCACUGCUUGCCUGAAGUGUCCUUCUCAUGUAAGAGAAGAGAUUAGAGAGUUCAUGUAAAAAAAAAAGACACAAAAAGAAGAAAUGAACAUGUUGCCUGAUUUCGAUGACAUGGACAUGGAAGAUAAAGAUGAAGAUGAUGAUGUCGUUGAGAUCAAUGUCAAUCAACACCGCAAGUUAACAAGUAGUAGCCAAGGUUCAUCCAAAUCCAAAUCCAAAUCAAAAAUGCCAAAGAAAAAAGGGCCUAUGGAUGUUUACUUCACACCCAAUUCUGAAUCAGUGGUGAAAAAUCGAAGAGACCAAGCAAAAGGGAAACAAACCAAAAUUGAUGCAAAUGACCCUUACAAAAAAGAAAGGAGAGCUCGGGCACUGCAAAGAUUUGCAAGGUGGAUGUAUGAUGCUGGUAUCCCUUUUAAUGUAGUAAAUUAUGAGAGUUUUGGACGAAUGAUUGAAGCCAUUGGCCAAUAUGGUCCUUGUAUGAAGCCACUGACUUACCAUGAAGUGCGGGUUACCCAACUCAAAAAAGAAGCGAAACAUACUGAAGAUUUGAUGAAGUAUCAUAAAGAGGAUUGUGCAAAAUACGGGUGUUCCAUAAUGACUGAUGGUUGGACUGAUAAGAGAGGAAGGACAUUGAUUAACUUUUUAGUUAAUUGUCUAAGAGGAACCAUGUUUGUUGAGUCGGUUGAUGCUUCUAGCUAUUCAAAGGAUGGGCAAAAACUAUUUGAAUUACUAGACAAGUUUGUGGAGAAAGUUGGAAAAGAGAAUGUGGUGCAAGUUAUCACUGAUAGUGUUGCAGCUAAUGUGUUGGCGGGGAGGUUUUUGGAAGCUAAGUAUGAACGCUUGUAUUUGACACCAUGUGCUACUCAUUGUUUGGACUUAAUGUUAGAAGACAUUUUCAAGAUACCUAGACUGAAAAAGACAUUUGAAAGGGGUAUUGCAGUACAUGGCUACAUUUGCAAUCGGCCUACGUUGCUAAACAUGAUGAGGCGCUAUACAAAUUUGAAGAAUUUGAUCAAGCCUGCAAAAACUAGAUUUGCAACCACCUUUUUGACUUUGUCUAGAAUGCAUCAACAAAAAAAACAAUUUGAGAAAGAUGGUGACCUUCGAAGACUGGGCAAUGGAGCCACAAGGUAAAAGAAUGGCACAAACUUUGUUGAUGCCUUUAUUUUGGAAUACUGUUGUGUUUGCCGUUAAGGUCUCGGGUCCUCUUGUCAAAGUGGUUAGAUUGGUUGAUACCGAGAAGAAACCUCCCAUGGGAUACAUUUAUGAGGCAAUGGAUAGGGCAAAAGAAUGCAUUGCAAGUUUAUUUGAUCAUAAAGAAGAGAAGUAUAAUGAAAUCUUCGAAAUCAUCGACAAAAGAUGGGAUGUCCAAUUGCAUCGGCCUUUACAUGCAGCUGCGCAUUUUCUUAACCCAAAAUUCUUUUACCCAAAAGCGUUAGAGAUGCAAAGAGAUCAUGAAGUGAUGAAUGGGUUUUAUGAAUGCAUGCAAAGGUUGGUCCCAGAUGUCAAUGUUCAAGAUUUGAUCACUAAUGACAUGAGUAUUUAUAUGAAAGCUGAGAGUCUUUUUGGCAAGUCUGUUGCGAUUAGGCAAAGAAAUACAAGAGCACCAGCUGAUUGGUGGGCAUCAUAUGGUUCUUAUAUUCCAAACUUGCAAACUUUUGCCAUAAAAGUCCUUAGCCUAACAGCCAGUUCAUCGGGUUGUGAACGAAAUUAAAGUGCAUUCGAACAUCUUCAUAGCAAGAAAAGAAAUAGAUUGGAACAACGUCUCAAUGAUUUAGUGUAUGCCAAAUACAAUAGAACAUUGAGAUUUAGGUAUGACAUGCGCAACACUCUUGAUCCCAUAACUUUGCAAAAUAUUGGUGAAAGCAAUGAGUGGUUGCUUGGGAGGAUGGAUGGAGAAUCAGAUGAAGAUAAUGAGCCUGUGUUUGAUGAUGAUGAUGGCUUGACGUGGGCCACUGUUGCUAGAGCUUCUGGAGUAGAAGAAAGUAGCCAUGCAAGUAGAGCAACAAGUUCACGCUCAAAGGCACAACCGAGGAUAGCUAAAUCAUCAAGAUUAACUCCACUUCAAUUAAUAAAUGAAGAGGAAGCAGGCUCAGAUGACACAGAGGAUGAAGAUGUUGAGGGAUACAAAUCAAUUGAUGGAGAAGAAGAUGAUAGUUUGCUUGCCAUUGAUGUUGAGGAUGAUGAUUGACUGACCGACCUAACCUACCCUUUCUUUUGAUGUUGAUGUUUUUAAGUGUUAAGAUAUAUUAGUAUUUGUUGGAUAUUAAUGUUUUGGAUGUUUAGUGUUUAUGUUUAUGUUUUUGGAUGUUUGAAAUGUUAUGUAAUAUGCACUUUCAUGGCUUUGAGAAUUAUUCUAUAUUGUGUCUUGAAACUUGAUUACUUUUUAUUUUUAAAAAAAUUGUCUUAGUACUAUGAAUGAUUAGUCUAUGUUAAUUUUUUUAUUUUUUAUUAAGACUGUGCGUCUUACUUCAAUAAAGCCCGCGACUCGCCUUGCGCCUAGGCCCCGAGAGACCUUCAGCGCCUUAGUGCGCCUUGAGCCUUUAAAA